AUGAACAGCUCCGGUAACAAGGACUUUCGUGACCAGCUGGGCAAAUUCCGGUUGGAUUCGGUAGGAUCUGCCCCGGCAGCUUGGUCACAAUCCACUCUGCAGGCCCCCAUUGAGCCCGCAUCCGCGUCGGCCGACCUUAUCGCAUCCACUCCAGCUUCACGCAGUAAACGGGUGUCGACGGCCUGCGACUUCUGUCGUAAGCGGAAGAAAAAGUGCGACUUUCGAUAUCCGAACUGUUCCGCUUGUUCUCGUGCCGGAGUCCGAUGUACCAUCCCGCCCCCCGGUCCCCAAGUCGCCAACACCUCCGUACCCCGCGAUCAGUUGGAAAAUCUACAAAAACGCGUACAAUGGUUAGAGGAAAUCGUGCGCAGGAGGUCAGGCAUCUCGGUUGCGGAUCUGGCCACUGGUACCCCCGUUGAUGGGGAAGGGGAUCCUGAUUUUUGGUAUCAGGUCCCGGCCAUGAUCGCGACUGGGAGUCGUGCCGCUGCCCCGUCGAUGCACAGUCCGGUCGGCAGUGGGAGAUCCCCAGGGACCACCGUGCCGACGGGCUCAGAGUCAUCGACGGGGGUGGGAACUGAGCUACCAAAUGUGGGCGAAAUAUUUCGUGAUCAGUUGGAGCAUCGCCGGCCCUCUGUGGCGCGUCCCUCUACUGCACCGCGUGUGUUAAGGCUGGCAUCUCGAGAGGAAGCUGAACAAGUUGCCGGGCAAUAUUUUGACAGUAUAGGCUAUCAAUACCCCUUUAUAUCGCGACUGGAAUUCAUGCUUCACCUACGGCACAUUUAUUCAGGCGGCGAGCUGUCACCUGAAGUCCAUCACGCCUAUCAUAUCACCAUUGCUACCUCCCUCUUGAUGAGCUCUGCGGAUCCGACACAGGCUGUGGAAUUCUAUCAUGCGAGUCAGGUGACUCUCCCAAUGGCCUUGCAGAACGAAGAUCUACCGGCUGUUCGGGCCUUGUUGGGCCUGGCACUCUAUACUAUGUUUGCUACGGCAGGCCCGAGUAUUUGGCAUGUCCUGGGUACUACAAUGCGCCUGGCGAUUAGCUUGGGUCUUCACAAGGCUCGAUCAUAUACGAGCGUGGCGGAGGAGGAAAUGUCCAAGCGGGCCUUUUGGAGUCUGUACAAUCUUGAUCGCUUGAUCGCGAGCACUCUCGGUCGACCUCUGGGGAUCCCGGACGAUGACAUUACUGUGACUCUUCCACGGGAGCUGAACGAGGAUGGAACUGAAGCACCAGGUAGUAGUGCGAUGACCAUUCCAUUACAGGUCAUUCGUCUCCGCCGGAUAUUUUCGCGCAUCUACCGAUACUUGUAUAAUGGUCUCCCGCGCCCACCUUCGCAUGAAGUUGCUGCAACUCUUGAUCAAUUUCGCCGUGAGGUAGAUGACUGGCGAAUGAGAGCUCCAGUCUAUCCAUCAGCGCUCCUGUAUUCCACGUCAUACUACGAUUAUUUAUACUAUACGACGAUUCUUCUCAUGUAUCGUCCUAGCCCACGAAAUCCAACUCCAGACAUCACCAGCAUCGUCAGUUGUGGUGAUUCUAGCAUACAAGUGAUCCGGUCAUAUUGGGACAGUUAUUCGGUGGGGAAGUUGAAAUGGAUCUGGUUAACUCUGAGCCAAGUCUACUUCGCAGGCAUCACUAUCCUGUGGUGUCUAGAGCAAAACGCCCGCUCGUUACGUGAGUCCCGGCCUGCGCCAUGGACUCCUGAUGCGCAGAUGAUGCGCCGGGGGAUCCAGGCCGUCGUGGUUCUGUUAGAAGAGUUUGGCAAGCGACGGCCUGGGGUGGACCGUCUUGCAGAUACGUUUCGCCAUCAAAGUACCACUGUUUUCAGCCAAAUGGUCUAUCAACAGCAGCAAAUGGAGCAACAACAACGUCAGCACCAGCAGCACCAGCAACAGCAGACUCAGCCUCUGAUACCUCCGCAUUCCUCAAUUUCACUUGCUCCACCACCAGCACCUUCGGUCCCGCUGGCCCCUAUUCUCGACGAUGUUCUCCUGGUCGAUGGUAGCGGAACCAUGCCAAUGAUCGAUCCUCAAAUGGCGGAGCAACUCUAUUACUCUUAUAAUUGGUUUCAAGAGGAAAUGGCCACUUAUUAUACCCUUUAA